AUGAAUCGGAUCUGCUCGUUCUCAGGUGUUCGACUUUUUUCUAGAAAUUUCAGAGCUUUAGUAGUGCCACGUUCCUUGAACUAUCCCCUGCAGUCGCUCAAGCGUUCAUCAGUUCGGAUGGCGAAUGGUAACUUUUCUUCUGGUCUCAGAACCGAAAGCAGUGCAAACCCAAGAGGAGCAUUGAUUGUUUUCGAAGGUCUUGAUCGAAGCGGCAAAUCAACGCAGUGCGCUAAGCUACUCUCUUUCUUGGAGGGUUUAGGGCAUCCGACUGAGCUCUGGAGAUUUCCCGAUAGACAGACAAAUGUCGGUCAGAUGAUAUCCGCCUAUCUAUCUAAUAAGUCGCAGUUAGAUGAUCGCACAAUUCAUCUCCUUUUCAGCGCUAAUCGUUGGGAGAAAAGGUCAUUGAUGGAGGAGAAGCUUAAAACAGGAACUACGCUUAUCGUCGAUCGUUAUUCAUAUUCUGGUGUAGCUUUCUCAUCAGCUAAAGGUCUCGGUAUCGAAUGGUGCAAGGCGCCGGAAGUUGGAUUGCUGGCUCCGGAUUCUGUACUUUACCUUGACAUUACACCCGAAAGAGCUGCUGAGAGAGGUGGAUAUGGAGAUGAGAGAUACGAGCGAGUGGAGUUUCAGAGAAAAGUCUCAGACUUUUAUCAAUCUCUACGCGAUUCUUCGUGGAAGAUAAUCGAUGCAGGAGAAGCCAUGGAGGAAGUAGAGAAGAAGAUUCAAGAAGUGGUAUUAAAUAAAGUCAAAGAGUGUGCAAUAGGAAAGCCUCUUUCUCUCCUUUGGUCAUCUUAA